AUGAAAGAAAUAUUUCAUAAAUUGGAAGAGAACGUUGGAACAUGUUUUGACAUAAAAGAAUUGAGGUCAGAACGAAAAGCCCUAAGAGACUCAUUCAUGACACGGGCACAGGGCAUGGAGCCCACAGCACAGAGCUUAGGCAUUUUGGGGAUGCGGAAAGAGCUUAUUCCAAACUUUUCACUUCAUAUAACGGAACAACUUCCGCAUAGCCUUGAAGAUUUUAAAGAAACAUUUUGUGCUGUAGUAUUAUUGGAACCUAAGCAUUUAAUGGUGAAAUCAUUUGGAAUGCUUCACGAUCAUGAAAACUUUGUGGAGAGGAAAGCAGAAAAAAAAAAAGUUUUUCCUCCCGGUGUGGUGUGGAAACCACAUACUUAUACCCUUCGAAAAGAAAAUACUUUCAAUCGAUAA